GCAUGUUUCUCACUUGAAGUCAACUUUGAAAGGAGAUGGCAAGCUAUAAAGUAGAAAUUCUACCAAGACCAAGAGAUAGGGUUUACAUUAAAUUUCCAAAUAACCAAGAAUAUCGAAUUGAAGAUGCCACUACAAUUAAGUUAAACGAAGAACCAAAGGAAAUCAUCAUCCGACGGGAGAGAACUUGGCGUCGUAUUUUCACAUCAUGGCGCUGCAUGUAUGUGACCAUUACCUCUUUGGACUCGGAGACGGAACUCUACUUCCCUGUCUUCAAAGACAUUGGCUCAGCUGGGUUGGCUAUCAAGGAAAAUUCAGCUAAGCUACCUCAAAAUGAUUCCUCUGAUGAGAGAAAGGAAUCUUUGCAGAACAAUCUCAGCUUCCAAGUGAGGCACAGACAAUUUUCCGGAGACUUUGGAACUUUUGCCGCAAGUGGGAGGAAAUUGAUGACAUCAGAAAUGUGUUUUGGUUUCCGAGCAAAAAAGCAGAAUGGAGGCAUCUAUGUGGUGGACUAUGGGAUACUGGAUGACAAAGUGGAAGGUAUACUCAAGGAGGCACCACAUUUUGUGGCUGCACCCAUUGUGCUGCUUCAACAGACUGAGGAGGAGCUAAAGCCUAUUGCCAUACAGUUGAAUCAGAAGCCUGGAGAGGACAAUCCAGUUUUCACCCCACAAGACAAGCCUGAAGCCUGGCUCUUAGCCAAGAUCUGGGUCCGGAAUUCUGACUUCUACUACCAUGAGCUGGUUUCUCAUCUUCUCAGAGCACAUCUGAUGGCGGAAAUAUUUUUCAUUGCUAGCUACUCUAUGGCUGAUCAACAUCCACUGUCAAGGAUUCUUCGUGCAACUGGACGGUACACCAUACCAAUCAAUAUUACUGCCAGAAACACGCUCAUCAAUGAAGGUGGAUUCUUCAUGAAGUACACAGCCAUUGGGGAAAAGCAUUUGGACGUCUUAAUGAAAGCAACUGAGAAGAUCACCUAUGAGAGCCUCUGCCUGCCAGACAUUGUGAUGCACCAUGGCAUCGAAAAUCUGGAGAACUUUCACUACAGAGAUGAUGGCAUGGCCAUCUGGGAUGCAAUAUAUGAAUUUGUUCAUGGAGUGGUGAAUGGAUGUUAUAAAGAUGACCAAGAUAUACAGAAGGAUCCAGAGCUCCAAAAAAUGGUGAAGUUCAUAUACAAGUAUGGAUUUCAGCAGAAUUCAGGCCCCUCAAGCCUGAAAACAAGAGAUGAAACCAUUAAAUACAUCACCAUGAUUAUGUUCACCUGCUCUGCCCAACAUGCUGCUGUGAACCAUGGGCAGUAUGACAUCUAUGCAUGGAUGCCAAAUGGACCCGCAACAAUGAGGCAGCCAACACCCAAGGACAAGGAGGUGACUGAAAAAGACAUAAUGGACACUCUUCCAGACAUUACUACAACACUUGCAACUAUGAAAUUGAUUUGUCUCCUCAGCCAUGUUCCAAAUGACUUUGUGCCACUUGGAGAGUACCCUGAGGAAGUUGCUUAUGAAAGCCAUAUGAGAGAUCCCCUCAUGGAGUUCAAAAGCACACUGAAGGGAAUUGGAGAGAAAAUCAGGAAGAGGUCUGCCUGCCAAGAGUUCCCCUAUGAGUACUUGCACCCUGAAGGGAUGGAAAACAGCGUCACUAUCUAAUGUAUGUCUGCAUGAACUAUCUUUUGGCACAGACUGAACAUGCACCUUGACUGCAUUUUGGUCCCCCUCCCAUCUCUACCCAGUAACACCGCUACCUUUUGUCCUAAUCCAGGUUAUGGUAUUUUAUGGUCUCCGGUUAAAAUUUAUACUUUUGUCCUUGACUUACAUAGGUAAUUUAUACUAGUCCUUUAGUGAUGUUUCUGCUCUGGGAAUGCUGUUAGCCAAGGCUUACACUAUUGCUAAUAUUAAUAAAGUAUGCACAUAUGUUUCUCCAUGAGUGUAAGUCACUAUGGAUAAGAGUCUCUGAAAUUAAUAUGUAAAUAUGCUUGGGAGGAUUUUUUUGGCAGCAAGAGACAUUAUGCAUAGACUGUAUCUUCAUCUGGAACCAUGUUUCUUUUACAUAAUAAUGUAUACUGUAGUUGCUUAUAACUUGUAGUGUUGCUUAUACCUUCUAUAAUCCUCUUUGACAUUAUGAUCAUGUGGUGUUGAAAAUGGUAAGUUGCUUUUCAAAAUAAAUUGUGAUUAAAGUAA